AAUGAGGACAAGCAUUUUGGUCUUCAUUUUACUCUCCUGCACCUUAGCAAAAUAAUUGUAUGAUGUUAAAAAGUCAUAUGUCACACCUGUGAAUGAAAUAAAUUUUGAGAAGUAAAUUAACAAGAUAAGACAAACUACUAAAUAUGUUACAAUAGUUCAUUUCUACAAAUUCUCAGGUACAUAUGUGAAUUUAAUGCGGUAGACGGGGAAAGUAAAUAAUUUGCACCAAAAUAUGAUAAAUUUACAAAUGAAUAUAAAGGCAUUUUCAGAAUAGCCUCAUGUGAUUGCGAUGAAGCUGAAAAGAUUUGUUAGAAGGAGAGUGUCUCAAAGUAUCCCACAUUUAGGGUUUAUCCCCCAUAUCCUGUUCCUGCAAUUGAUUACGAGGGUCCUCUUGAAAUUGAUGGAAUCCUGAAAUUGGCUACAAAAUACAUCCACAACAAUGCUAUCGAAAUUAAUGAAGCCAACAUCAACACAUUUAUAAAUGAGAAACCUACAGUUCCUAAAGUCUUGUUAUUUAGUGAGAAGAAAGGAUUCCCACUUGUUUACAAAGGAUUGAGUGUUGAAUUCGAGGUAUGUGCAUUUGUCAAAUGUCAAAUAGAAAAAAUUAUCGUUUGGUAUAGUGAGGUCAACUGAAAAGGCCUUGUUGGAUAGAUACAAUAUCAAAGAAUUCCCUAAGAUGUUACUUAUAAAGACUAAUGAAAAAAAACCUUAUCCAUAUACAGGAGAGUAUAAGUUUAAGCCAAUGUUUGAUUUCCUGAAUGUUCACAGCGAAGUAUUUGUUCCAGGAGGCGGAUCAUCUGCUGAUAGUGCUGCGACAAAAGAAUGGUUGAUGCAAGUUGUCCCUCAAUUACAUCAAAGAUCUGCAAAUGAUAUCUGUUUAAAGGUGGAAGGUGUGAUUUGUAUAAUCUUGAUGAACAAUGGAGAUAAACCGUAAUUUAUUAUUUUAACAUUUUUAGAGACAACCGUUUGAUAGACGAAUUGAAGAAGUUGAACGCACAAUAUGAGAGACAAAUCGACAGAGGAGCAGUUUUCAAGUUUAUGUGGCUAGAUGCAAAGACAGAAUCAAAAGUAAUUAAAAUUUGGUAUACUUAUUUUAGUGGGGCUCAACAUUAGAUUUCUAAGGAGAACCUAAAGUUGUGUUAUUGAAUCCAGGUAAAAGAAAGCGAAUGGCUGUUCAUGAGGGGGAAAUGAAAUUUGAAGCCUUAUGUAUUUUAUUACAUAAUAAUUAUUUUAGAGUAAACUUUGGAAAAGUUGAUCAGUGGAGAUCUCAGAUUCAAACCUAUAGGAGAAUCACUGCCUGAUUUUGUGAAAACUGAUUUGUGAAUAUUUUUAAUUAGCUC